AUCCAUUCUUUCUGAUAGAAACGAUCGCCGUGGCGUGCAUUUAAAAAAAAAUAUAUAUAUAUAAGAUAUCGCAUUAUAUUUACGGUGGUUUUCUUAUAAAACGCAGUGCGAUAAUGAUAUAGAUUCAGUGCGCGAAUACUGUACGAUAUUAUGAUAGUGCAUCCGCGUGUAUCAGCACAAGAAUCCGUAUUAGUGUUAUUAUUCGAAUAAAAUUCGAGACUACUGCAUCCAAAAGGGAAUAUCGUGAACGCUGUACCAGUUUUCUGUUUUUCCAUUUUUUCCUCAUUUUGCUUCUCCUACUUACGCUCUCAACAAUUCCACCUCCAAGCGUAUGUCGUCCUUCGGCAACCGUGUGGCGUCAUCGCUGAAGCCAGUAUCUGUCUGACCAGUCUGACAGUGUCGUAGGAUCAACGAAGAUAAUUGACAGUGGUCAGUUGAACCGAGCUUGUUCUCGUUUGGAUUGUAUGUACUUUAUUCCUGCGGGUCAGUGCAUUUAAUUCUUCAACAGCUGGUGAAGUCAAAAUCGCGUGUCGAAAACUGUCGGGGACCAGUUCGAAUGAAGUUUUCCUUUCCGGGAAACAUUCUCUACGAUAACGACAUAUCAUGUCGUCAUAAAUUGUUGGUGGAUUUAGUGUUGGCAAAGUGACCGCCGCCAGCACAAAUGAUGAUUUGUACGAGCACAUGGGUAUGGUGACAUUGGUACAACAACAGCAGCAAACGCUCGACGGUAAUCACCAGUGUCAGAAAGAUCAGGACCACGUGAACGGUGCUGUUGUGUCCGCCGAAAAUCACGCGGUCGACAGGUUUCACGGCGAAGCUGCGUACUCGGCGAGAGAAACCGCGGUCGUCGCUCCAGGCAAUGGUAGCGUUGGAGAUUCCUCUACGCAGUGCAGUGACGUAGACGACGAUGAGGAAGAGGAGACGGACGUUGAAGAAGCCGGCAGCUGGUUCACAAAUCUGCCGGUAUCCUCGACCAUCAUCCAGCAACAUCAAGCAGUUGCCACUACAAACGGCGAUGUCGUUCUACCGAACGCCGAUCCGUCGAAUUUUGGUGACGUUUGCGUAAAAAAUUCAACGAAUGUGCAUCUGGGUAACAAGACCUUCUACAAGGGUCCGGUUACCAUAAAGCAGUUCGUUUACACGAAUCCUAUUCCGAUCCAGGAUGCGAGUAAACUCGACGCCAACUGCGCCUCCGACGUCUCGGAUUUGUCAACGAAUAAAGAUAAUGGAACUGCCAAUGGACCCAUUUUCCCGCAAAAUACUGAAUUAGUUAAAGUGACGCAAUGGCUUUGGACGUGGAGAUGUGCAGCUUUAUCGUGCGUUCUAGCUUUAAUACUUCUAACUACUAUAGUGGUCACAUCUGUAUAUUUCAUUCAUCACUCGGACGUACCGAUCUUCCCGGAAAUUCCAGACUCAUCGCUCGAAGGUAUAACAGUAACUUCGGUACGCUUUGUUGAGAGGAACGAAUGGGGUGCGCAGCCGCCCGCAGACCCCCUUAAUAAAAUGAAGCUGCCAGUACCAUAUGUAAUUAUUAGUCACACUGCAACAGAGUUCUGUACCACGCAAUCAGAGUGUACAUUUCACGUGAGAUUUGCUCAGACUUUUCAUAUAGAAUCUAGAAAAUGGUCAGAUAUUGCCUACAAUUUUCUUGUCGGAGGCGAUGGUCUCGCAUAUGUUGGCAGAAGUUGGGACUACGUUGGUGCUCAUUCCUUCGGUUUUAACAACAGGAGUAUCGGUAUUUCCUUUAUUGGUACAUUCAAUUCAGUCGUACCACCGAAAACGCAAUUACAUGCCGCGCAAAAAAUCAUAGAGCUCGGCGUCAAAGCCGGGAAAAUUUCACCUGACUACAAACUAUUAGGUCACCGACAAGUGUCAAAAACUUUGAGUCCAGGAGAAGCCUUAUAUAAUGAAAUUAAAAAGUGGCCUCAUUGGUCACCUCAGCCUUAACUUGAUUAUCUGGAAGUUUAAAUUGUCAA